AUGAAUACCUAUACUACUACUACUACUACUACUACUACUACUACUACUACUACUACUACUACUACUACUACUACUACUACUACUACUACUACUACUACUACUACUACUACUACUACUACUACUACUACUACUACUACUACUACUACUACUACUACUACUACUACUACUACUACUACUACUACUACUACUACUACUACUACUACUACUACUACUACUACUACUACUACUACUACUACUACUACUACUACUACUACUACUACUACUACUACUACUACUACUACUACUACUACUACUACUACUACUACUACUACUACUACUACUACUACUACUACUACUACUACUACUACUACUACUACUACUACUACUACUACUACUACUACUACUACUACUACUACUACUACUACUACUACUACUACUACUACUACUACUACUACUACUACUACUACUACUACUACUACUACUACUACUACUACUACUACUACUACUACUACUACUACUACUACUACUACUACUACUACUACUACUACUACUACUACUACUACUACUACUACUACUACUACUACUACUACUACUACUACUACUACUACUACUACUACUACUACUACUACUACUACUACUACUACUACUACUACUACUACUACUACUACUACUACUACUACUACUACUACUACUACUACUACUACUACUACUACUACUACUACUACUACUACUACUACUACUACUACUACUACUACUACUACUACUACUACUACUACUACUACUACUACUACUACUACUACUACUACUACUACUACUACUACUACUACUACUACUACUACUACUACUACUACUACUACUACUACUACUACUACUACUACUACUACUACUACUACUACUACUACUACUACUACUACUACUACUACUACUACUACUACUACUACUACUACUACUACUACUACUACUACUACUACUACUACUACUACUACUACUACUACUACUACUACUACUACUACUACUACUACUACUACUACUACUACUACUACUACUACUACUACUACUACUACUACUACUACUACUACUACUACUACUACUACUACUACUACUACUACUACUACUACUACUACUACUACUACUACUACUACUACUACUACUACUACUACUACUACUACUACUACUACUACUACUACUACUACUACUACUACUACUACUACUACUACUACUACUACUACUACUACUACUACUACUACUACUACUACUACUACUACUACUACUACUACUACUACUACUACUACUACUACUACUACUACUACUACUACUACUACUACUACUACUACUACUACUACUACUACUACUACUACUACUACUACUACUACUACUACUACUACUACUACUACUACUACUACUACUACUACUACUACUACUACUACUACUACUACUACUACUACUACUACUACUACUACUACUACUACUACUACUACUACUACUACUACUACUACUACUACUACUACUACUACUACUACUACUACUACUACUACUACUACUACUACUACUACUACUACUACUACUACUACUACUACUACUACUACUACUACUACUACUACUACUACUACUACUACUACUACUACUACUACUACUACUACUACUACUACUACUACUACUACUACUACUACUACUACUACUACUACUACUACUACUAUGUUUACCAGCGAUCCAGAAUUUUCCGGAAACCCAAGGCCAUCUAACUUAUUAUAA